CCUGCCUCCUCGACUUUGACAGCUUGUUUCUGGACUUUCCCAGACCCAGCUUCCAGCAUGGCCACCUCGGCCAGUUCUCACUUGAACAAAAAUAUCAAGCAGAUGUACCUGAACCUGCCUCAAGGGAACAAAGUCCUGGCCAUGUACAUUUGGAUUGAUGGAACUGGCGAGGGACUUCGCUGUAAAACUAGGACCCUAGAGAGUGAACCGAAGAGCAUCGAUGAACCACCUGAAUGGAAUUUUGAUGGCUCUAGCACUUUUCAGUCCGAAGGCUCUAACAGUGACAUGUACCUUGUUCCUGCUGCUCUGUUCCGAGACCCCUUCCGAAAGGAUCCCAACAAACUGGUUUUCUGUGAAGUUUUCAAGUAUAACCGCAAGCCUGCAGAGACCAAUUUGAGGCAUACCUGUAAACGGAUAAUGGAUAUGGUGGCCAACCAGAAACCCUGGUUUGGUAUGGAGCAAGAGUAUACUCUCAUGGGAAUGGAUGGACACCCUUUUGGUUGGCCUUCCAAUGGGUUCCCUGGGCCCCAGGGUCCAUAUUACUGCGGAGUGGGAGCUGAUAAAGCCUAUGGAAGAGAUAUAGCAGAAGCUCAUUACCGUGCUUGUCUAUAUGCCGGAGUCAAAAUUGCAGGGACAAAUGCUGAAGUAAUGCCAGCUCAGUGGGAGUUCCAGAUAGGACCCUGUGAAGGGACUGAAAUGGGAGAUCACCUCUGGAUUGCCCGCUUCAUUCUCCAUCGAGUGUGUGAAGAUUUUGGAAUGAUUGUAACGUUUGACCCCAAACCAAUCCCUGGGAACUGGAAUGGAGCUGGUUGCCAUACUAACUUCAGUACCAAGGCCAUGAGAGAAGAGAAUGGUCUAAAGUUUAUUGAAGAAGCCAUCGAGAGACUAAGUAAGAGACACAAGUAUCACAUCCGAGCUUAUGAUCCCAAGAGGGGUCUGGACAAUGCCCGUCGCCUGACAGGUUUCCAUGAGACAUCCAAUAUCAAUGAGUUCUCUGCUGGUGUGGCCAACCGCGGCGCCAGCAUCUGGAUUCCCCGGGUGGUUGGGCAGGACAAGAAGGGCUACUUUGAAGAUUGCCGCCCCUCUGCCAACUGUGACCCUUAUGCAGUGACAGAGGCGCUUAUCCUUAACUGUCUUCUCAUUGAGACAGGAGAAGAACCCUUUCAGUAUAAAAACUAAGUGGACUAGACCUACAGAUAGCUUCUGUAUCCCCCUCCCCAUAACCUUUUUCUCAUGCCCUCAUCCACCUCACUUCUCCCUUCUUCCAAUUUUCCCUACUAGAUGUAACUCAGGGCACAAAAUACCAUGUUUUUUUGUGCCCACAGAUAACUCCUUGCUUUUUU